UGACGUGAACGUAUAGAGGUACGGGCGUAGGAAAAUGCCAAAAAAGUAUGGCCAAUUGAAAAAUCAUUCGAUAUGGCAGUAUUUUAACCAAUUUGUAUAAAUAGGAUUGGAAAUAUAGAAGAAGAAGUUGAGUUUAAGACAUAAUAGUAUAAUUGACCAUGGUGACGGUAAGCUUUGAACAAAUCCACGAUAAAACCCUCCCCAUCAGGGACCGUAUGGAGGCCUUGAUCAGACAAAAACAAAAAGAGAUUACUGAUGGAUUAGCAGAGCUUGAUAGUGUAACUUUUCAUACUGAUAGUUGGAUAAGAGACAAUAACGGUGGAGGCGGCCAAUCGAUGGUAUUACAAGAUGGAACUACAUUUGAAAAAGGAGGAGUGAACAUAUCGAUUGUUCAUGGUAAAUUACCAGCAGCAGCCGUUGCUAGAAUGAAGGCUGAUCACUCAAAUUUAAAAGGAUGUGAUGCUGAUGGUAGUACUAAUUUCUUUGCUUGUGGAUUAUCAUUGGUUAUACAUCCUCAUAAUCCCCAUGCUCCAACAUCUCAUGCUAAUUAUAGGUAUUUUGAAACUUCCGAUCCUGAAUCUGGUGAAGUCCAAGCUUGGUGGUUUGGUGGUGGUGCAGAUUUAACUCCUUCUUAUUUAUAUGAAGAAGAUGCUAAACAUUUCCACCAACAACAUAAAGAUGCCUUAGAUAAAUUUGAUUUAUCCUUAUAUCCUAAAUAUAAAAAAUGGUGUGAUGAAUAUUUCUAUAUCAAGCAUAGACAAGAAACAAGAGGUAUUGGUGGUAUUUUUUUCGAUGAUUUUGACGAUAGACCUGCUGAUGAUAUAUUAUACAUUAUUGAAUCUUGUUUCAAUGCUUACUUACCUUCUUAUGCUCCUUUGGUAGCUAAACAUAAAGAUGAUCCUUUCACCGAAGAUGAAAAAAAAUGGCAACAAAUUAGAAGGGGCCGUUACGUAGAAUUUAAUUUGGUCCUAGAUAGAGGUACCCAAUUUGGAUUGGCUACUCCAGGUUCAAGAGUAGAAAGUAUUUUAAUGUCUCUUCCGGCCACGGCCAGCUGGGUUUACGACCAUCACCCAGAACAAGGCACCAGAGAGGCUAAGCUACUCCAAGUCUUACAGAAUCCUGUUGACUGGGUCUAAAUCUAUAUAUAUCUAUUUAAUAAAAGCUAAUUUUAGUCUCAGCU